UGAGCAGCCGGGCAGGAGGAUGAGGAGGAUGAGGAUGCUGCUGCUGCUGCUCCUGGUGGUCCCUGCCGGCUGCCCCAGGACUGAGGCCCUGAGCCCCUCCAGGCAGGACCCCCCCUUCCCUGGGGCAGGGGGCUACGACUUCGCUGUGGUGAUCCCAGCUGGGGAGGUGCAGUGCUUCUGGCAGUUUGCCCACCAGAGGGGUGACUUCUUCUUCAGCUACGAGGUCCAGCGUGCCACAGGGAUUGGCAACCAGAGGGACAUCUUGGCCACAGCCAGUGACCCCAGAGGCUCCCAGCUGGGUGCUUCCCAGCACGUGCGAGGACAGAUUGACUUCCACACGCAGGACACAGGUUUCUACCAGCUGUGCCUGGACAACCAGCACAACCACUUUGGCUUCAUGCAGGUCUACCUCAGCUUUGGUGUCUCCUAUGAAGACUCCAGUGUGGCAGAGCAGCAGCCAGCAGAGAAGGCAGAGCUGAACAACACCCUGGAGGCCAUCGGGGUCAGCAUCCAGAAGCUGCAGCUCAGAGCCUUCCACAUGUGGAGGUUUUACAACUUCGACCGCAUGCGGAAAGCCUCCGACUCCUUCCUGCUGCAGUCCAACCACAGCUACAUCACCCGAUGGUCCCUGGCACAGAGCUGCCUCAUCAUCCUCUCGGGGGUCCUGCAGCUCUACUGCCUGAAGAGCCUCUUCAACCUCCAGAGCUCCUGCAGGCAGCAGUGCUAGGAGAGCCCAGAGCCCCUGCCUGCAGUGCCAGGGCUGGAGCUGCCACUCUGCCCCUUCCCUGAGGGGAGGGAAGGUUGGAUCCUGUCCUGAGGAGGAGGAAGGGGAGUGCCCCCACCUCCUGCCUGGCCUCAGCUGGAGUCACCCCAAGGGAAGAAGAAUGUGAUGUGGCCACACAAGCUGUGUGUGCUGGGGGGGCUGGUGACAUCCCUGCCUGUCCCAGGUGUCCCACUGCACCUUUUCUAGCA